CCAAUUGGCAAUUGCCCUCUUAGCAUACACAGCUGAAGCCUGAAAGUCCAUUUUUCAAUCGCCGAAAGAAAAGCUUGAAUUUGCAUUUGAAGGAGACGAUGGGCUGGCUGUAAAUCCCAACUUCGGGGGGCGAGUUUCGGAAUCCACAGAAGUUUGAUUCCUUCCUGGGAAUAUAAUACAACGGAGGAGGAGAAGGAAGGAACCAGCGAUUGUUCUGCAAUCUGUAGAUUGAACUCGCUCAACGCAGAAUAUAGUGAACAGAGGAAAGCCGUCCCAGAGAGAGAGAGAGAUAAAGCGGGGAAGAAGAUGGCACAGCCCAUCAAAGAGCCGUGCAAGAAAGAAGCCUGCGAUAUUCAAGCUUGUCUCUCCAAGAACAACUUCCUCCCUCAAAGGUGUCAGAAAGUGAUUGAAAACCUGCAAUCAUGCUGCGAGAAGUGUGAGAGCAAGUCGACGCAUUGUGCUUCUGUGUCAGCCCUUCUGAAGCAAAUAACAAAGAAAUGAUAGCACACUAGAUCAAGCUGGUGUCGAGAAAGCUGGAGUAUUUGGAUGAACCAUACAGUUUCCAGAUGGUCGGCCAAUUUUGCUCAGGAGCAAGGCACUGCCAGUUACUAGAGAAUAUUCUGUCAAAGCUCAAAAUUAGGCGCGAGGAUUAGCUGUAGCAUUCUUCUGUUGUGAACCCAAAACAUAAUACGACGACCAUACAUGUUUGCACAACGGCAGAGGCAAAGUUGUGAUUGAGCGUUCAUGCAGUGUUUUGCAUUGAAAGAAUAUGAAAUAUAGAGG